AUGAUUGACGCGAAAAAAGAUUUGCUUCUAUUCUUCGACCGACCAACGGAGCCAUGUUUUAUGCAGAAAGGAGAAGAAAAGGCUAUUUUUGAGGUGCCUGAUCACUUUUAUCCGGAUAAGUACAAAUCGCUGAGUAGCACGUUAGUAAAUCGAUUCGGCUCCGAUGCUCAACGCACCAUCCCAGUACGAAACAUUGCACUUCCUAAUCUCGAUCUACCGAUGCAGUUACCUUACAAUGAACAAUUUUCACUAUUUGUACCCAAGCACAGACAGAUGGCAGGAAAGCUGAUCGACAUUUUCAUUGGUAUGCGUGAUGUAGAAGAUCUGUUGUCCGUGUGCGCCUACUGCCAGCCCCGAAUAAAUCCCUACAUGUUUAACUACUGUUUGUCUGUCGCUAUCUUACAUAGGCCCGACACAAAAGGCCUUAACAUCCCAACAAUAACAGAGACGUUCCCUGAUAAAUUUAUGGACCCUAAAGUAUUCCGGCGUGCCCGAGAGGUCAGCACCGUGGUAACGUCGGGUCCCAGGAUGCCGAUUGUGAUCCCCCUUAAUUACACUGCAUCGGACGAGGAGCCGGAACAGCGCGUGGCAUACUUUCGCGAGGAUAUAGGAAUUAACUUGCACCACUGGCACUGGCAUCUCGUGUAUCCGUUUGAAUCAGCCGAGCGUUCGAUCGUUGCCAAGGAUCGUCGCGGGGAGUUACUUUACUAUAUGCACCAGCAAAUCAUUGCCAGAUAUAAUAUUGAGCGUUUCUGUAACAAUUUGAGCCGGGUGGUGCCUUACGGAGCUAACUUCAGAGAGCCAAUUACGGAGGCAUACUUCCCAAAACUCGAUUCGCAAGUUGCAAGUCGUGCCUGGCCUCCAAGGUUCAAGGGCUCGGUAAUUCAAGAUCUUGAUAGGCCGGUAGACCAAAUCAGAAGCGACGUGUCGGAGAUGGAAACUUGGAGAGAGCGUAUACUUCAGGCCAUCGAGAGAAAAUCUAUCCUUCUGCCGAACGGACGUCAAAUGCCACUUGACGAUGAGACGGGAAUUGACGUAUUAGGGAAUUUAAUGGAGUCGUCCAUCAUCAGUCCCAACCGACCUUACUACGGUGAUUUACAUAAUAUGGGACACAUAUUUAUGUCAUACGCUCACGAUCCUGACCAUCGCAAUCUGGAGCAAUUUGGUGUCAUGGGUGAUCCAGCAACGACAAUGCGUGACCCCUUGUUCUACCGCUGGCAUGGAUUUGUGGAUGAUGUAUUUGUUUUAUACAAAAAUAAGUUACCUCCUUACGGCAAAGACAAGUUGGAGUUCCCGGGAAUUCGCGUUUCAUCUAUAGCCGUUGAUGGUAAAGCGGGUAGGAACACAUUCGCGACCCAAUGGGAGCAGAGUACGCUGGAGCUGGGCCGUGGGUUGGACUUCACACCACGUGGCAGCGUGCUGGCGCGUUUUACGCAUCUUCAACACGAUGAGUUUGAUUACGUAAUCGAAGUUGAAAACACAACAGGCAAAAACGCAAUGGGCACAGUCCGCAUAUUUUUGGCACCUACUACUGAUGAAAAAGGAACUCCGCUUCCAUUCAACGAACAAAGGAGGCUCAUGAUUGAGCUGGACAAGUUUUCACAGGGCCUACGUCCUGGAAAGAACACAAUCCGACGUCGCAGUGUGGACUCAUCAGUAACCGUUCCGUUUGAGCGCACCUUCCAAAGGCAGAGUGACAGACCCGGCGAACCGGGUUCCGCUGAAGCCGCCGAGUUCGACUUUUGCGGCUGCGGCUGGCCUCAUCACAUGCUUCUGCCCAAGGGCACGAAAAAUGGAUACCCGAUGAUUCUCUUCGUAAUGGUUUCCAACUGGGCUGAUGAUGGUGUGAAACAAGAUCUUGUUGGGUCUUGCAACGACGCUGCAUCGUAUUGUGGGCUUCGUGACCGCCUGUAUCCUGACCGACGAGCCAUGGGGUUCCCAUUCGAUCGUCCUGUUCCACCAGCAGUGAAGAGAGUGACUGACUUUUUGACACCCAAUAUGGCCAUCGCUGAUUGCAAAAUACGAUUUACUAAUGCAACUAGGCUGAGAGGCCAAUAA